AAAUACCCCCUUGAUUCAUGUUUACCUCCUGCCAUGUAACUAAUUUUUCAGCCGUUUCUGCUCUAUAUGAUAUGAUUGCCCAGCACUCGCGCGAUCUCUAUCACGGCUGAAAAUCACUGCUGACAGAUUUAUAUUAGGGCCUUUGUCAGUCACCGGACCAACAGUGAUCUACCUUCGGAAAAUUCGCCCGACAGUGUUUGGUAUUAGAAGUUAUUUGAAACACAUACAAUCGCAUUGCUUAUAUAUGGAUCUUGGCUUUCUUCCCUCCUCACCGUGUUCCUCGAUAUGUCAAAGAUCCAUAAUGCAUUCACCGUCCUGAUGGGCAUACCCACUCCUGUAGUAGCUGCGCCCAUGGCAGGUGCUAGCGGCGGCGCGCUAGCCGCCCAGACAUCCGCUGCCGGAGCGUUUGGAUUUGUCAGUGCAGGAUACUUGACCCCCUCUCGCAUCCAAGAGGAGCUAUCCUUAGCUCGCGCACUGCUUCGCUUAACAGAAACAGACCCUCUACCGAUUGGUGUAGGUUAUCUGGCUUGGCAACUGGAAAAGGAUCUCGCCUCUGCUGCUGGAUUGCUUAACCUUGCCCUUUCGAACAAAGUUCAGGCCAUCUGGCUCGCGUUCGGGAACAGUAUAGGCCGAUGGAUCGACCAUGUUCGCUCUUAUGAUGCGAGUUCCGGCCGAGAGCAGAGAACAUUAAUAUUUGUACAAGUUUCCUCGGUGAAAGAGGCUCUUAUUGCCAUUCACGACUGGAAAGUUGACGUCUUAGUAGCUCAAGGAUCUGAAUCUGGCGGUCAUGGGCAUAGCGCCGCUCCACCACUUCUCACGCUAGUGCCGUCUAUUCUGGCAGUGCUGCCCAAAGACGGUCCUUGCCUUCUUGCAGCCGGCGGACUGUCAACUGGUGGUCAUGUUUCCUCACUCCUUGCCCUUGGAGUCUCUGGCGUAGUGCUCGGCACCCGAUUUUUGAUGACAGAAGAGAGCUUCUAUAAUGAAGUGCAAAAGAAGAUGCUUGUCAUGGCCAAUGCCAACUCGACAGUGCGCACGAUGGCAUUUGACCGUGCCAGAGGAACUUUAGAUUGGCCGGAAGGCGUAGACGGUCGUGCCAUCUACAACCGGACAGUGAAAGAUAUGGAUGAUGGUGUUGACAUCGAAAUUGUUCGAGAGAAUUUCAACAAGGCAGUACAGAAUAGGGAUCCUGACCAGAUAUUGGUUUGGGCUGGUACUGGCGUUGAAUUGGUCACAGACAUUCAGACAGCGCAGGAUGUUGUUCGAGAACUACACGCGGAUAUGAUGGAACAUUUAACUCUUGUAUCAACACUUAUCGCCGCUUGAUGCGGCAGGCCUGUUGGUUUCCGUUAACACAACAUAACUACCUUGCCUAUUCGGACAGUCGGUUCGCUUAUUGUAUAUCCCUGCAAUAAUCGUAACGUGUGGGGAAAUAGUUGUCAGGAACUCCAUUAAUGAC